AAUUAAUAUUUUGAUUAAAGUGGAAUACCAAGUAAUAACAGCUCUUUUGAUUUCUGAUAAUGAAGAUAUUGUCUAGAGAUUGUAAAUUGGAGGAUUUCUAUCUGGAUUAUGCUAAGUUAAAUAUCUACUUCUUAAAAAAGAUGUCAAAGUCAUCAUAAUUUGCCGAGCUAAUAGUAAUUGUAAUGGAACUCAAAAAUUUUUAAAUCAAGACUCCAAGGAUAUUUUUAUGGAAUUUAAAUGUAUCAAUGAACUAUAUUUUAAUAGUGCAUCUUGAAAAAAAGAAAAUAAUUCAUUGAUAUGAAAUUUUUUAAAACCAGAGCUUUUGGAAUGACACCUAAGUUCCCUAAAUAAUUUUACAUUACCUUACAUAUGUUUGGAAAGAGAAGGUACCUUUUCUAUUUCUCAAAAAUUUUUUCCAGUUUCAAUUAAUUUUUGUGCAAAAAUCAAUAAUAAGGAUAUUAUCAUAAAUAUUACCAAAUAGUAGGUUCAAAAAAAAAAGGUUAUAUUAAUACCUUAAUUGACAAAUCUACCAUCAUAAAAUAUGCUUCAUUAUGGAGUUGAUUUUCUUUAAAAAUUUAGGGUUUGUAGAAUUGAAAAGGUUAG